AUGGCCUCAUCGCCCACAUCUGCUCGUCUCGGGGGGUCGUCGGACGACGGCGAGUCUGCGGCCUCUCGUCGCGGCUUCUCCAAGCGCGGCGACGGGUUCUCCGUGCAAGAGACCGAAGGACUCCUCCACGUCGUGCGUGGGCACUGGCAAGAGGGAUGGGACGUGAUCGCCGACGUGCACAACGCGCAGUUUCCCGGUCACCGGCGCACCGCUGGCUCGCUCAAGCGCAAGUUCGCUAAGCUCUACCGGACCAAAAUCAGUGCCAGCACAAAGGAGAAACACGCGCGGGCAGCGUCUCUGGCCAAGAAAGUGCGCGAGGAGAUGCGGGGCCAGCGACGGGGUCUGGUGGCGAGUCAGCGCGCGGUGCAGAGCGAGGAGGAGGACCUUGUCAAGGACGUUGCAGCGAGCAGCCUCGAGCGCGUGCCAGAGGACGAGCUGAGAGAAGAGCUGGGCGACGUGGCCAUGGUCACGGCCGAGUCGGGUACGCAGUCGCAGUCUCUGCCGGAAGCUACGGUGACGGCCAGUGAGCUGGAGCUGCGGCAGACGCUUACUCAGAGCAUGCAGCCGCAACAGCAGCAACAACAGCAUUCGAUGCUGGGGCAAGAGACAAUGCUGCGCGACGAUGCGUGGCAGAGUCUUGGCCGAUGGCCAAUUGCGGGCGAGCGGUUGCGCACGUUACGGACGCAGAUUGAGAACAACGAGGCGACGUCGAGUCAAGAUCUGGUGCAGACGGUGCUUCUCGUGCUGCUCGAGUUGCAGCGUCAUCGGGACUUGGAGCGUGAACAGGAACGCGAGGAGCGUCGGCAGGAGAAGCUGCAGUGGCAGCAAGAGAUCCGCGAACAGCGUCGUCGGUAUGAGCAAGAGCGUGUCGAGGACCGCCGUCGAAAUGAUCAGUUCAUGCAGGUGAUGACGACACUUGUGGCACAGGUUGCAGCUUGCCAGCAACAGCGAAGUGGACUGAAUUGA